GGCACAAUCUGCCGUGGUCACAAGUCAUCCAGGCCGAUCCAGGCUAUCCAGGCGAUGGUGGUCAUCUUGCUCGUUGUGCCUCUACGUGGACAAAGAAUGCCAAGAAUUGUGCUACAGAGGGCUGCUGUGAGAGAAAGCAUGAACUGUACAAAUUCAGAGGAUGUUUUAGUGGGUCCAUAUGGUGAGACAUACCCACCAUGUUAUGAUGCAAAUCAAGCCUUGAAUAUAAAAGCUGAGGAAGUGUCAGAUGCAGAAGAGGAAGAGGAUUCUGUACCAAAAACAAUUCAGGAAAUAAAGGCUGAACCUGAGAACUAUACAAAUUCAGAGGAUGUUUCAGUGGGUCCAUAUGAUGAGACAUACCCAGCUUGUUAUGAUGCAAAUCAGGCCCUAAAUAUCAAAGCCGAGGAAAUCUCAGAUGCAGAAGAGGAAGCGGAUCCUGUGCCAAAAACAAUUCAGGAAAUAAAAGCCGAAACUGAGUACCACCCAAGACACCGGCCAGAUCACCAGCACAGCAUGCUACACACAGCAAGGGAUGGGCAGGGUACUCUGAGAGAACUCCAGCCUGUACAUGGUGAGGAGCAGCAAUAUUCCUGUGAUGAAUCACUCAGUCAACAGUUUAAUCUGAGGGCACAUCAGCGCAUACAUAGUGGAGAACAGCCAUUUUGCUGUGAUGUGUGUAAUAAGUCAUUCAGUCAUCUGGGUGAUCUGAAGAGGCAUCAUCAGCGCAUACAUAGUAGGGAGUGGUCAUUUUGCUGUGAUGUGUGCAGUAAGGCAUUCAGUCAUCAGGGUGAUCUGAAGAGGCAUCAGCGCAUACAUAGUGGGGAGCGGCCUUUUAGCUGCAACGUGUGUAAUAAGUCAUUCAGUGUUCAAUGUAGUCUGAAGGAACACAAGCGCAUACAUAGUGGGGAACGGCCAUUUAACUGUGACAUGUGUAAUAAGUCAUUCAGUUGUCAAAGUAAUCUGAAGACACAUCAACGCAUACACAGUGGGGAACGGCCAUUUUGCUGUGAUGUGUGUAAUAAGUCAUUUGGUCAUCAGGGUGAUUUGAAGAGGCACCAACGCAUACAUAGUGGGGAGCAGCCAUUUUGCUGCGAUGUGUGUAAGAAGUCUUUCAGUUUGAAGGGCAAUUUGAAGACACAUCAACGCAAACAUAGUAGGGAGCAGCCAUUUAGCUGUAACAUGUGUAAUAAGUCGUUCAGUGUUGAGAGUAGUCUGAAGGAACAUGAGCACAUACACAGUGAGGAACGGCCAUUUAAAUGUGAUGUGUGUAAUAAGUCAUUUAAUUGUCAGAGUCAUCUGAAGACACAUCAGCGCAUACAUAGUGGGGAACGACCAUUUACCUGUGAUGUAUGUAAUAAGUCAUUCAGUGUUCAGAGUAAUCUGAAGAGGCAUCGGAGCAUACAUACUUAGUGGGGAAUGGCCAUUUACCUGUUAUGUGUGUAAUAAGUCAUUCAGUUUGAAGGGUAAUUUGAAGAUAUGUCACCUCGUACAUACUGAUGUGUGUAGGCCAUCUUAGAGCAGCAGAGGUAGGUGGGUUUAGACUAAAAGAACAAUAUUGUCAUAUGAUAAAGAGUGACUAUAGACAGGGUUUGCUUAGUAAUUGGAUUUAUUGAACUCUUAAACUACUCGUGACUACACUUUACAGAUCUCUGUCACACACAGAUUAGUGUUCUC